UUUGUUUCCGUAAUUGAAAAAUAUCUCACACUGUCAUAAACGAAGUAAAUUAUUUUUUCGCUUUUUUUUGCACGCAUUCGUGUGAUAGUAACAAGCAAACUUUGCAUUUCAGUAUUACAUUUGUACUGUCCCGUUUAAUUGCUUCACAAUUUCGGCAAUAUCAUCGAAAGAAGAGACAGAAUGAGUUAUUUACUGUACACGACGAUUCUACUUUCAUUCCUCAUGGCAGUAAACAAUGUCAUCGCGGAAUUUUCAGCGGAAGACUGCAAAGCGUUAGGAUUUCACAAAGCCAACUUACUCUGCUCAACGUGUCAACGCUUCGACACGCCUAAUUUAACAAAGAUUUUUGCUACAUGUGAGGAAUGUUGUCUGAGAGAUAACGAUUAUGAUUUAGCCGGAUCCAAGCGUUAUCCUAAGGCUGUUCUCGAGGUUUGCACGUGCAAAUUCGGACAGUACCCCCAGAUACAAGCCUUCAUUAAAAGUGAUCGACCAAAGAAAUAUAAAAAUCUUAGUAUUAAGUACGUGAGAGGUCUAGAUCCAAUCAUCAAGCUGUACGACGGGGAGAAUAGAGUCGAGGAUGUACUCGAUAUUCACAAGUGGGACACGGACUCUGUAGAUGAAUUUUUGUCAACUCACCUUGCCAAGGAUUAGUAAUAAAAUUAGGAAAUAUAUUGCAUUGAUACAUGA